UGUGUUUGUAUUCGUGACAGCCACAAAGUUUUUUUGCGGAACAUUUUUGUGUACAAUUUAAAGCCAUUUCGGGCGCUAAAAAAUUGCCCAUUGCCCCUCCAUAGUGGAUCUUAAAGUCGCGGCUCCACCAAGCACGCGUGCAUUUGAGUGUUGGUGACGUAAAAGACAAGUAAAUCGGGCAGCGAAUUUUGCCCAAUUCGCUAGUUCGGGUGAAAUUUCAAUGAACUGAGAAAACAAAGACAGAGACACACACACGUAAACUCACACACAGGGUCACAGACACAGUGCUUGUGCAGCAGUGAAGAAAGAAGCAGAGACAACAGCGCAAUAGCGAGCAAUUAUUUACUUACAAAUAAAAUACAAAAAGGAAACACUAUCAAAAACAGUGUACUGGCGAGACUUUUGCAAAAGUGCGGCAUCUACAACAAAGUGCAAUCGAAGCGAACGAGGAAGCAAAAAGGGAUACGAAAAACUUUUCGCCUCCGCCAGGCAUCAACAUCCUUCGGUACUCUACUCCCUCUCUCGCGUUCGUUCUCUCUCUUUCUCUCUCUCUCUCACGGACCACGCUGCAUACAGACGAGGCAUAUACACGUACACCCAUACAGCGGUAUAUAUGCCAUUUAUUCAGGGACGACACGGCGCGGAAAAGUACUAACUAACCUCGCUCCCGCUCCGGCUUCCGUUCCCGCUCCGACUUCGGCUCCCUAGCCUUGUGCUCCAUCCAUCCAUCCUCCCUUUUUCCAGUCAGUGAGUGAUUGUGUGUGCGAGUGAGAGCUAACGCUAACCUCAGGCUGCCCCAUUGGAUUUAGCAGGCAUCCUUUGCAAAUCCUUUGACGCCACGGAUACGGCGCUAGGACGACGACGACUACCACGUCCACGUCCCGCCGGCCGCUUUGGAAUGUUAAAUGCGGUGAGAACGAUCCGAUCAGUGUAUGUUGUUGUUGCUGGACAGAGUGGAAAGCGAGCGUUAACAGUGGAAGUGCAAGAAGCGGCAGUAUCAUCUAACGUUAAUUUAGAUUAUGGCGAAUUUAAAUUUCCAACAACCCCCGAGAAGUAUAGCGAACGCGGCGUUAGCUGGACGAACAACCGGCGGAUUCGGUGGUAGCUCCCUGGCUGGCCAUGUAACGCCCACGUCAGGAAUGUUCCAAACCGAUUUUGUCAACUCUUAUCCAGGAGCGGCGAACUACGGACAGGCGCCACAGCAGCAGCAGCAACAACAGCAACAGCAGCAGCCGCAACUGUCGCCGAACCGGAAUGCGCAGCUUUCGGUCGGCGGACCCGCCAUCUCGAGCGGCAACCGGAAUGCCAACCUAUUCGGGCAGCGGCAGUUUGUGGAACGGCGUGCCAUGCAGGGAUUGGGCAGUGGACCUAUGUCGAACAUGGGGAACUUCAUGCAAACGGGUCGCGGCGGCUACGGAACGGGCGGCGGCGGUGGCGGUCCUUUAAAUAACUUUCACGUGUUCGGCGGUGGCGGUGGAGGCGAUGCUUCCACGCCAGCCCUGCUGGAUCCCACGGAGUUUCCAUCGCUGACGAAUGCGCGCGGCCAGAACGACCAGACACUGCCCCAAUCAAAUCCGCUUCAGCCGCCGGGCAGCAAACCCUAUGGUAAUUUCUUUACCUCUUUUGGCAUGGUUAAGCAGCCGACGUCAGAGCAAUCGGAGUUCACGAUGUCAAAUGAGGACUUCCCUGCGUUACCGGGCACCCAAAACUCGGACGGCACAACGAACGCGGUAGGGAGCGGCAGCGGCGGUGGCGUCGGUGCCACAACAGAGAAUCACUUGGAUGGCACGGAAAAGGCGAUGAAUUCGAUUGUGGUCAGUGGAUUGACGAGCGGCGGUAGCAGCGGCACCAGUGUCGGCGUUGUAGGCGGCAAUGGUCUCGGUGCCGUUGGCAGUGGUCUUGGAGGCGGCUUGGUCGUCGGUGGCGGCGCUGGAGGGAGUAGCGGAGGCGCUGGAGGAGUUAGUGGCAGUGGCGGCAAUGCAGCCAGCGGUGUCGUCAGUGGAUCGCAUGUGGGCCUUGGCGGCAGCAGCACUGGCGGCGGCGGAGUCGGUAGCGUUAACAGUGUGCCCAACAGCAAUGCCAUGAUGGGCGUGGGCGGCGGCCUGGGCAGUGGCAGCGCCGGUACCACCGGCAGCGGCAGCGGGUCGGGCUGCGAGCAUCUGAACGAUAAUUCCAGCAACGAUAAACUUGUGAAGAGCGGCGUGCAAACUUCGCCAGAUGGGAAGGUCACAAACAUACCAGCGACCAUGGUGAACAACCAGUUCGGCAUGGUGGGCCUGCUGACGUUCAUUCGGGCUGCGGAAACGGAUCCCAAUCUGGUGACGCUGUCACUGGGCACGGAUCUCACAGGCUUGGGCCUGAAUCUGAACUCGCAAGAAAGCUUGCAUACAACAUUCGCUGGACCGUUCGUGGAACAGCCCUGCAGAGCACAAGACGUUGAGUUCAACGUGCCACCCGAAUAUCUUAUUAACUUUGCGAUAAGAGACAAACUUACUGCGCCUGUACUGAAAAAGCUGCAAGAAGAUCUGCUCUUUUUCCUUUUCUACACGAACAUCGGCGAUAUCAUGCAAUUAAUGGCAGCCGCUGAAUUGCAUAGUCGCGAGUGGCGGUAUCAUGUGGAGGAGAAAAUAUGGAUAACUCGAAUUCCUGGCAUUAAUCAAUAUGAAAAAAAUGGUACAAAAGAGCGCGGCACCUUCUACUACUUUGAUGCGCAAAGUUGGAAACGUUUGUCCAAGGUUUUCCAAAUAGAUGCCGAGAAAUUAGAUAAAUGUCCCAAUAUAAGUGCGUUUAUGAAUGGACAGUCUGUAUAAAAUGAAUAAAAAAUGAAAAA